AUGGGAGACAGCAGCGAGAGCCUAGUUCUUGGACUAGGAUACCUACCUACACCUCCCGAUGUCACCAAGAAACUAGCGGGAAUCAAACUGGUCAAGAAGCCGGCAGUCCUACCAAAGCACGUUGAUUUCAGCGGAGACAUGAAGCCCCCGAAAUACCAGAACGGUUGGGCAUCCUGUGUGCCUUUUGGCCUCCUCGGGGCGCUGGAUAGCGCUACCCUCCCAGAUACGUAUUCCGAAGCCUACAAUUGGUACAAAACCAAGCAACUACAUGGGUUUGACCCUCAUGGAAACUCUGGCGUCAAUGUCCAUGUGGCUAUAUCAGUCAUGCAGAAACAAGGCACUUGCUGGGAAAGCUCUUGUGUAUACCCCACUGACCCUGACCAUCGGUAUCCAAAGUACGAUUGGCCAGAACCUAGCGACGCAGCGAACAAAGAAGCUCUCAAACACAAAAUUGCCGAUGCUCGAUUUCUGAUUAAACCCGUUGAUAAGGAUGCGGUGAGGAUGCUCCUUGCAGCGAAAACCCCUGUUGUUAUUGGAUUCUCUAUGUUCGGUGACCCUACCUAUUGGAAAAAGUGGAUUUGGUCCGACGAGUGUUUAACAAGUGGUGUGGUCCCCAUGCCACCUGAGCCUGUUCCGGACCCAACUGAUGGCCAUUGUGUCUCGUUGGUGGGAUAUGAUGAUGACAAAAAAUUAUUCAAGUUCAAAAACUCCUGGGGCAGGGAGCGGGGAAAGGAUGGCUGGUUCUGGAUGCCAUACGAAUAUUUUGAGAAGGUAGAUCAGCAAGGCAACCCAUACAUCACCGAUGCAAUCGUCUUCACCCCUGGGCAGGAGCAGCCCGCAAUUCCCAGUUUACGUGCCAUGGCUGAAACAGUAGCCCCGGAUGCAAUCUGGAAGCAUUUUGCAUUCACUGAUGGCGAGCAGCCAAGCGGGUUGGUUUAG